CACAGAGCUCGGCAACCCUGCAGCCGUGCGAAAGCGAAUGUGGUGAAGAAAAAAAAAACAGCGAAAUACACACGUAUUUUGCGACGAAAUUAAAUAGAAUUCCUGCUAAGGGGUAUAAGGACACUUGAAGGAUGUCUGCGCGAAUGCUGAAGAAGCUGCAGGGCGACGCUGACAAGCUGGCGCCACCGCCCGAUGACGAGGACUGCGAGGAGCUGAGCGACAAUGAUGAACUGGAGGACAGCGAUAUGCAACGCUAUCGAAAAUCACACCUUAAUCCAUUCGAUUUGCUCAAUCAAGCCGGUUUGAGUCUCUCGGAGAGUGAGUUCAAAGAAGAUGACAAUGAAACGGAGCAUCCGUCUGCUGCCCUGCCCAAUGCUACUGCCAGUGCGGCCAAAAAGAAGAAAAAGAAGCGCAAGAAGAAGGCCAAGUCCAGUGGGAAUCACAUCAGCAGCGAAGAUAACGAGCGUCAGGAUAAGUACUUUGAGAAGGUGGAUCCGCUCCUUGGCAAGGUCUACGAUGCGGUGCCCAGACAGUCGGCGAAACAGUUGGUAUCGGCUGCCACCGGGACUACUGCCACCAAGAAACUGCUGGCCGUAGAGCUACGGCACCUGAAUCCACAGAACGAGAUGCGUCGCACUUUUGGCAAGCGGGUGGUAAAAGUGGAAACCAAGCGUGGCAGGCAGAAGCCCACGCUGAAGUCCACCUAUAUGGUGACCGCCAAGGAUUCGUGGCCGGCACUGACUAAAAACACCAUCACGAUGAAGCUGCUGCCCGCCCCAGACUCUCCAUCGGUGUCCUCCAAGUCUAUCACAGAUAAUGGAGCGGACGUUCAAUGGUUUGCCUUUGAGCAUAGCCAAUACUACCAGGGAGUGCAGCAAAUGUUCCUUUCUGCUCUCGAGCGCAUUGACUCGGAAUUUCUGAUCACACUUAUCAAACGCUGCCCCUAUCAUGUCGACUCCUUGGUUCAACUCAGCGAAGUAUGCAAGAUGACCGAAGACUUUUCCUUGGCCUCCGAACUGCUUGAGCGCGCCCUUCUCCUUCUGGAAUCGUCGCUGCACAUCAACUUCAGUUUGACGUCGGGCAACUGCCGACUGGACUACCGGAGACAGGAAAACCGAUCCUUCUACAUCGUGCUGUUCAAGCACGCGCAGUACCUGGAGGAACGAGCUUGCAGCCGCACCGCCUUCGAGAUCUCCAAACUGCUCCUGAGUCUUCAGCCAGACACAGAUCCUCUUGCCAUGAUUCUAGUGAUUGACUACUAUGCCUUGCGCAGCAAGCAGUUUGAAUGGUUGGUAGAGUUCUAUGAAAAGUAUAACGCCGCGAGGAACCUCAAUCAGCUGCCCAAUAUGGCCUACUCGUAUGCUUUGGCUCUACACACGCUCUAUGGCGCUUGUGAACGCUCUAACCAGGCACUGCAAUACGCCCUACUAAUGUUCCCGGGUGUUUUACGUCCUCUUUUGGACGAGAUGUCGGUGCAAACGGACAAGAGGGUCCUGGCCUCAUCGUACUUCUUUGCAGAUGUGUCGGGCAAUCAAUCGCCCGCCCUGCACCAGCUGGUGUGCCUGUAUGUGUGCCGUGCAAGAGUCGUUUGGCGUCAGAACGAGGUGCUACCCUGGUUGGAAUCCAACGUGAACAUAGUGUUAGAUCGCAUUGAGAGUAAGGAUCCCCUGGUUAAUGAGUACAAGGAGAAGCGAUCACUGCGAUAUAGUGGAACACCACCAAGGCCCAUUCUUCGACAUGUCAUACUCUCCGAUUACAAGGAGAAAGUUCCACUGGCGGUCUUCGUGUCCAAGGAGAAGCAAGCCAUUAUGACCUAUGAUCCACUGCCGCCACCGAACAGCGUCAACUGCUAUCAUCGAAAAUCUUCGUCAAGCAGCAGCCCCACAACGAACACGAACAAUUCUGUGUCAAUGUUCUUUCAAUCGCUCUUGCCUUCGUUUAACAUUAACAACCUAGCUGCAAAUGCUCAGCUACAAGAAGGAGCAGCACCAGCAGCAGGUGCGGGAGCAGCUGCAGGCGAUGCUAACAUUGAAGUGGGCAUUGAACAAGGAGCUGCCGGCGUAGCUGGCGAAGGAGAAGAGCAUGAAUCUUAGAAUAUGUUUCGCUGGUUGUAUUAUGGCUUUGCUUAAUUUCGUUCAUAUCCCGAAAUUGUAUUAAAGCUUUGGCUUUUGUUUCAAUAACUUGGCUAAAAGCGAUAUUUUGUUUCUCAUUCUUAAAAUCGUCAAAAAUCUAACCUAAAAUUAUGCUGAAAUUCCAAAAGAAUCGCUAGCGGAUAUCGUAGUUACACUUCUCCUCCAACAUUAUUGCAGAAGCUGGUUUGCAGCAGUCAUUAACGCUAAUGAUGGACGCGAUGCGAGACUUCCUGCAAAACUUCCGGAUUGCAGAGCACUUGCGUUCGCCGGAAACGGCGGCGGCACAAUCCACGAGCAGCAACGACGAGGAGGAGGGCUCCAGUGACUACAUUGACUAGUCAGUUUGUCAAUUACGCGAGGCGUAACGAAGUUGUUUCGGAUUUCUAGCUCGGGACAUGUUUUUUGGAAACCACCUUUUGCUAUUUUCUCAGCUUAGCGACACCGUCACAAAAUUUAUAUAUACAAUACAUAGAGCAAUUUGAACAC